UUAGGUUUUCUUUCCUCUACAAUACAGUCUACAGGACACUCAUCAUAAUCGCAAGCAAUUGCAAGACAUUUGUGACCAGAAAUAGUGAAAUGGCGCAAGCAGCGAGGCUCAACCUGCGAAUGCAAAAGGAGCUGAAGCUCCUCCUCACAGACCCUCCUCCCGGCGCCUCCUUUCCGCUUCUCUCCGCCGACACUGAUCUCUUCUCCCUGUCCACCAUCGAUGCCCAGAUUGAAGGUCCUGAAGGGACGGUAUAUGCCAAUGGAAUCUUUAAUAUCAGAAUUCAGAUCCCCGAAAGGUACCCAUUUCAGCCACCGAGUGUGACCUUUGCCACGCCCAUUUACCAUCCUAAUAUUGAUAACGGAGGUCGGAUUUGCCUCGACAUUCUCAAUCUUCCUCCCAAGGGAGCAUGGCAACCAUCACUCAACAUUUCAACUUUGCUAACUAGCAUAGGAUUGCUGCUGAGUGAACCAAAUCCUGACGAUGGAUUGAUGUGUGAGGCUAGCAGGGAAUACAAAUACAACAGGCAAGCCUUUGACCAGAAAGCACGGUCUAUGACAGAUAAAUAUGCCAAGGCUGGAGCUGGUGGGAUUAGUUUCAGAUCUCAAUGUACUCAAACUCAAUCCAAUUCAAGCAUGAUGGAGUUCAAAAAAUUGGGGGCGCAGAAACAAGAUUUGAUAAAUGAUCCUGUUUCUAGUAGUAAGAAGCCAUAUGAGGUCUCUCAGAAUUUGAUGUUGGGCUCUCCAGCCUCGAACCAAAGAAGGGGAAGGGACAAUGAUGAGGAGGAAAAUGUGGUGUUUAAUUACUCCCUGUCUUACUCACAAGAUCAGAUGGCAGUUAAAGUAAAGGGAAAAGAGUUGGAAGAGGCUAUUCCUGAGUAUAAUCUGGGCCAUAUGAAAGAAGGAGUUUCGAAGCGAAAUUUAUCACUGAAUUCCUACGCUCCCUGUCACAAGAGAGAGUGGAAUAAGGAGAAGGUAGUGCUACAUCAGUCUCCUGUUCUAUCACGUAACUUGAAUGCUUUGGCUUCAUUUGAAGCUAGCAACAGUCAUGAGCAACUACAUCAUGAGCAUCAAAAUGAUUUUUUUACGGAUGGAAAAAGGAUGAGUUUAGCAAAGCUGUGUCGGGUCAGCAAGAAACAGUCAACAGGUUCUGUGGAUUCAUGCCAAACGGAUGAUGGUAAUAAUGAGAAAAUGUGUGAUGCUCCUCAAUCAUCACCCUCGCCCUACCCUGCCCAUUUUAUCACAUCAGGUGGAGGCUUGCCAGCUGCCCUGUCUAUUAACCAUAAUGAACUAUGUCCUGAUGAUACAACAAUUGAUAGGAUGGGAAGCGACUCAUUCAAUACGAAGUUCCCAGAAGUAUAUCCAGUGAGUAAAAGGCUCUCCCUGGGACUUAAAAGCUCAUCAGCAGGACUGGACAAUGACGACAAGGAGAAUGUGAUGCCAAUUCUUAAGUUGCCAACUCCAAGCCCUCAAACCUCUCCUAAAAAGAGUGGCAAUGGACGGAAACUGUCUCUUGGUCCUCUGACCUCAUCGCAAGAAAGGGACAAUAGUAACAUUGAGCAGGGCUCAUCUUCUCCGAACUGUAUGGAUACAUGUAACUCCUUGUCUAUGCAACAUCAGUGCAGGUUUGAUGGCAAAGAGAAGUCUAAUCUAAACAAUAUGACGACUGAUGGUGGGAUUGGACAAGAAGCAAUAGAAGAAUCAUCAAUACCCAGAGAACUAAUUGUGGUAGAUAGUGAAGACAGUGAGGAGGAGGAUAAUGUCAGAGGAGCAUCAAGAUUUAAACUGUCACUUGUGCGAAAGCGCAUGGGAAAGAGGAGAGCUCAAGCUUGAAGAUUGUAACAGCUCUCUAGUCGGCUUCAUUUUGUGAUUUUCAACAAACUUUAUCCUCUUUGAUUUAAUUAGCCAUUGUACAUGACAUCUUAUGGAACCCCCAGGUUGCCCAGAGAAAAAGGUCCUUUCUAGCAUU